AUGUUGACCCAUUCAAGGACUGCUUUUCGGAAUGCCCCUCCUAGGCUAUUCGGGCUGAGAUAUCUCUCAAACACCUGCUGUCGGUCCCUAUCCUACGCUACAAACUCAGUCAGAAACAAGCAGCUAAGGGGGGUUGUUGCGGCGGCCGUCCGGACAUAUCAUCCCACAUCAUCUCUCAACACAUCGGAGGGUCACCGCAAGGUCAUCUUGCAAAGCCAAGAGGAACGGCCACGACGCAUUGUGGUUGGAAUCACGGGUGCUACGGGAACUCUUUUUGCCAUACGGCUUCUCGAAAUCCUGCAAGAUCUCGGAGUGGAAACCCAUUUGGUCAUCAGCAAAUGGGCCAUGGCAACUAUGAAGUAUGAGACGCCAACUACCGAGGCAGAUCUUCGAGAGCUCUGCACUUAUUUCUACGCCUCCAGGGAUGUGUCGGCCCCAAUUGCAAGCGGUUCAUUCCUACACGAUGGCAUGAUAAUUGUGCCAUGCAGCAUGAAAACACUUGCCGCUGUACGUAUUGGAUACUGCGAGGAUUUGAUUGCCAGGGCCGCCGAUGUUACAUUGAAGGAAAAUCGAAAACUCAUGCUGGUCAUAAGAGAAACACCUCUAAGCGAAAUUCAUCUUGAGAAUAUGUUGCAUCUACGUCGCUUCGGAGCAACUAUCUUCCCACCAGUUCCAGCAUUCUACACGAGACCUGAAUCGCUGAAUGACUUAAUUGAUCAAAGCGUUGGGCGGAUGUUGGAUAUUUUUGAUAUUCAUACUAAUGGCUUCGAGAGAUGGAACGGGUUUCAAAGGGCUGCAAGGAAGACCGAAAGCAGUCCUGAUAGUCAUUGUUCAAAGUCAGCUGCAUCAGCGACAUAA